UUAUGGGCGUGGCUUCGCGAGGGCAGAAGUCGCCGCGUCAACAUGGCGUCUCCCAUGGAGCUGCGCUGCUGGGGUGGCGAUUGGGGGCUUCCGUCGGUGCACGCGGAAUGCCUCGUUGUCCUGGUGUAUGGGAGGUUUUCUGGUGCACCGUUGAAAGUGAAUGUUAUAGAUCAUUCAUGGAGCGCACUGAGAGGGAGUGUACCAUUAUUGGUAUCGGAUGACAUUGUUAUUUCUCAGCCAGCAAAAAUACUAAACUUCUUAAGAAAACAGAAAUAUAAUGCUGAUUAUGAACUAUCUGCAAAAGAAGGAGCUGACACACUAGCCUACAUUGCACUGCUUGAAGAAAAACUACAACCUGCUUUGCUGCAUACUUUCUGGGUGGAAGCUGAUAAUUACUACACUGUGACAAAACCAUGCUUUGGUUCAAAGAUUCCAUUUCCCCUGAAUUGGUACCUGCCUGGGAAAAUGUCUCGGGAAGCACUUAAUAGGAUCUUGGCAACCAAAGAGGGGUCUCCUCUCUGCAGUCUUGCUGAAGUAGAAGCACAGAUCUACAGAGAUGCCAAGGAGUGUCUGAAUCUUCUUUCAAGCAGACUAGGAACAUUGCCCUUUUUUUUUGGAAAUAUGCCUACAACUCUGGAUGCCUUUGUGUUUGGUUUCCUUGCUCCUCUUUAUAAAGUGGAAUUCCCAAAAGUCCAGUUACAAGAUCAUUUGAAGCAGCUUCCCAAUUUAUGUCGCUUCUGUGAUGACAUCCUGAGAUGCUACUUUAGAGUAAAUAUAACAGGCAUCUCUCCAGCAGGUCCAGACCCCAUUGAUGCAAACCUGCAGAAACUCAUACAGCUUGUAAACAAGGAAUCCAACUUAAUUGAAAAGAUGGACGAUAAUCUUCGGAAGAGCCCUCAGCAUCCUCCGCGGAAACUGACAACUCUCAAGCUUUCCGCAACUGGGGAAGGAAAUAGCUCAGUGAAUCGCUUAUCACCCUGAGAGUUUUCAUGUUUAUGUGUUCUGAUGUCAAUUUCUCUCUUCACACUGAUUCUGUGUGUGUAUAUGAAUUACAGAGAAUGCUGGAUUGGUCAGCAUUUGCCAGUGCAUCUGGGUGAUCAAUGCAUUCAAUGUUUAUAUAAGAGUGAAAGUCUGUACUAACCACAGGCCGAGUCAUUAAGCAAUGUUCAUUACCAUAUGCAGCCGCCUUAAAUACUGCAUAGUGCUUGCCUUCCAGAGUUAGCAAAUUUCUUUACCAAAAGCUAAGAUUCCACCUAUCACAAUAAUACAACAGCCUCUUCUAUUGAUUGGGCUUUCUGUUUUUACCACAAUCAUUGUUAUGGCUUAAUUAGGUUGUAUGUAUGAAGUAGUUGAUCGGUCACAACUUUUUGCGUUUUUCAUAAAUGGUUUGAACACUAAGGGAAUUAUUUGUGGCCCUUUGUUGUUGCCCGAGAUGAUUUGGAGAGAUUAUAUUUUAAAGUGAAUUUAGGUUUUUAAAAAUGAACUGCAUUGCAUUAGCACAAGAUAUUAGAACCUUUAUUUAACUCUGGCCUCGGUUAGAAAUGGUACAAGUGUGACCAACCUCCAUGAGAGCAUAUGCCUUCAAAUUCUAGCACACAUAUUUACUGUAUUGAUCUAAUACAAGUAGGAAGUCAGAUUUGGAACUCUGUUGCCAGCUACAAUUGAACAUAUAUAAUUUCCCUACGGUUAUUUUUAGCAUUUCAUUAAUUUCGUGGUGUUGUUAAGUCGAAUAAAUUAAUUUAAAGUUCUAACUUGGUGGAUUAAAGGGCUGCUAACCAAAUAUGAAGCACUGCAGCCAGUUAUGCUGCUCAUCCAGAGCUCCCAAAUAACAUCGGCUUCCCUGUUCCUUGAAACAGAAUGGGCAGUCCACACAUGCGCACACAAUCUAUAGCUGCCAUUGCAGUGAAGAUACUCAUACUUGUGCAUGCAAGCCACACUGAUUUCUGCAUGCACAGAAAAUCCUAAGACAGGCUGAUUGUGUAACGUGUAUUUAUAAUAAUAAUAAUCAAAGGGACAAUGAACAAGGGGUGCAUUUCACUUUAGCAUUAGCUGUGUCCAAGUGGUCCAGACAAUUAUCUUAUUCAAAAUAAAAGAUGGAGUGCUUUUAAAAAAAAGACUGGGUGGAUGCUUCAGAAACCUAAUCAUGUUCUUGAAAAUUAUGUUCUAAAUUAUGAAUAUGUCAGAAAUUCUUUUCAAAAAGGUUCUCAGCCCAAGUGGUACCUGCUUUCAAUUGGUCAUUUGGUAGCUGAGCCUGAAGAAACAGACUUCAUCCCAGCAUCAAAAGCAGCUGUCUUUCAACUGACUUUACAAAGUAAAACAAAGCUGAUUUCUCCCUUCGCAAUUGCAGUAUUCUGUAUGUGAAAGGUUGUAGCUGUACAAACAAGCCUGUAAAUCAUGUACAUAAGCAUUACUUUAUAAAAUAAUGAUUGUAAAGAUCUUUCAUGUAUCUUAUUAUUUAUAACCAUUUUGGAUGUCUAACAAUAAAUUUUAAGUUCCAUGCUA